GUGUGAAUAAGGUGUUUGCUUGACGCCAGUGCAGAUCCCGCAACAAUUUCAACGAAAGGGAAUUAAUUGCGGAUAUAGAUAAAACGGCGAGGAGCAUCUGUCCAUAGGAGCCGAGGAACAGGUUCCUCAUUGGUUCAAACCAACUAUACAAUGCCUUUAGGAGAGGAUGAAAAUGGAUGGAAAAAGAAAACAACAGAUAUCAAGGAAAAUUAUGAUUUCAAGGAGGUCUUGGGGACAGGGGCAUUCUCUGAGGUGUUCCUGGCAGAGGAGAAGAAGACCCAGCGACUAGUGGCCAUUAAGUGCAUCCCUAAGAAAGCUUUGGAGGGAAAGGAGAACAGCAUUGAGAAUGAGAUUGCUGUGCUACAUAGAAUAAAACAUGAGAAUAUUGUUUCACUGGAAGACAUAUUUGAGAGUCAGUCACAUUUGUACCUGGUCAUGCAGCUGGUAUCUGGGGGAGAGCUGUUUGAUCGGAUCGUUGAAAAGGGCUUCUACACAGAGAGAGAUGCCAGCAAGCUUAUUUGUCAAAUUUUAGAUGCAGUGAAAUAUCUACAUGAUAUGGGCAUUGUGCACAGAGACCUGAAGCCAGAGAAUCUGUUGUACUAUAGUAUGGAGGAGGACUCCAAUAUUAUGAUCAGUGACUUUGGCCUGUCUAAGAUCGAGGACUCAGGAAGUGUGAUGUCAACGGCCUGUGGAACGCCAGGAUAUGUGGCUCCUGAGGUCUUGGCUCAGAAACCAUACAGUAAAGCUGUGGACUGUUGGUCUAUUGGAGUGAUUUCUUAUAUUCUCUUAUGUGGCUAUCCUCCGUUUUAUGACGAAAACGACACCAAGCUGUUUGAACAGAUUCUAAAAUCAGAGUAUGAGUUUGAUUCUCCAUACUGGGACGACAUCUCUGACUCAGCCAAAGAUUUCAUCAGCCACUUGAUGGAGAAAGACCCAUUUGUGAGAAACACAUGUGAGCAGGCUUUACAGCACCCCUGGAUUUCUGGAGAUACGGCUCUGGAUAGGAACAUUCACGAGUCUGUGAGCGCUCAGAUCAAGAAGAACUUUGCCAAAAGUAAAUGGAAGCAAGCAUUCAAUGCGACAGCUGUGGUCAGACACAUGCGGAGACUACAGCUGAGCACCACCCUAGAGGGGCCGAGCCAAAUUACCACCACCAGCCCCUACCACAGACACCUGCUCCUACCUGCCAAAGAGCUCGACCAGGAGGAGGAAGAGGAGGAGGAAGAGCAAAGCAAUUCUCCCAGUGCAGACGGGCGCAGAGGCAGUGCAGAUCGGGAUAGUCUAAGAAGCUGUGCUUACUGCUGUCGACCAACAAGCAGGAUCUGAAGUAGAACUCUGAGCCGAGUGGAACCCAUAGAUGCACUCCUAUCACACCAGUCUGACCCGGAACACAGAGCUUUCCUGGUAGCAUGCGCUAGAUGGAGCUAGUGCUGAUGGUGGAAAGCUCAAAUUAGAAAGGAAAAGACAUCGGGUAUAUCAUUGACAGAUAAGUAACUCAUCCAGGGCCACGUACACACUGCAAAGUUUUGGGAGUGACAACCACAUUUAAUUGUGAUAGGAAUCCCCUAAAAUCCCCCUUUGUCUUGUUUGACACUAGCUAUUUUUGUCUGGAGAGGUAUUAACAUUCCCAUCGGAAGAAACACCAUUUUAUUUGUGUUUUUUAAAGACCCUAUGAAAUAGGGAAGACAAAUACCUUAUUCGGAAAGGCAUGAAUAAUGACUUCAAAACGAAUAACAAAUUCAUCUGAAUAAUAGAAAAAUGUAUUCGGAAGACUGAUCAUCCAACGAGUACAAGUAUAAAGCAAUAUUUUAAAUAAUCGAAAGAGUAUGUGAAGCCAAUAUUACUAAAGUGUAAACCUUAUGAAUGAAAACGCGUCGGAUGGCCACGGUCUCGACUCCAUUUGCAGUCUCUGUUUAAUGUGCGCGUCUCAGAAAUGUAAGCUUGUCAAGAGUAACAUUAAUUAAGGUUCUGUAACAUACACAUUUCCCACUACUUGAAAUGACUGUUUACACAUUAACGCAAAAUGUUUCACACAAUUCACACUGUGGCAGGGCGGGGCCGGUUUGUGAUGCUCCACACCCGGCCCCUAAUCAGGCUAAUCAAGCCUCAGAGAGGGAUAAAGGCCGACUGGAAGCUGCAGUGCGAGAGAG